AUGCCGCGGGUUGUCCCGGACCAGAGGAGCAAGUUUGAGAACGAGGAGUUUUUCCGCAAGUUGAGCCGAGAGUGCGAGAUCAAAUACACCGGCUUCAGAGAUCGGCCCCAUGAAGAGAGGCAAGCCCGCUUCCAGAACGCAUGCAGAGACGGACGUUCAGAAAUUGCCUUCGUCGCGACCGGUACCAACCUUUCCCUGCAGUUUUUUCCGGCCAAUUUGCUCGGAGACCAGAGGCAGGUUCCAACCAGAGAGUAUGUGGACUUCGAGCGCGAGACGGGGAAGGUGUAUUUAAAAGCUCCUAUGAUUUUGAACGGCGUGUGCGUGAUCUGGAGAGGCUGGAUCGACUUGCAGCGGCUCGACGGUAUGGGCUACUUAGAGUACGACGAGGAGAGGGCGCAGCAUGAAGACGCUUUGGCUCAGGCAGCGUUCGAAGAAGCACGACGCAGGACCCGAGACUUUGAAGACAGAGACCGAUCGCACAGGGAGGAUUUGGAGGACCCUGUGGUUUCUAAAAUCUGGGACUGA